GGGGGGCCUCGGGGGCGGGGCGGGGGCGGGGGCGCGGGCGGGGCGGGGCGGGGCGGGUUGGGCGCUGGCGGCCAAGCCGGGUCUCCUCUGCCAGGACGCCCCGCCGCUGCUCGGGAAGAGGCGGGCCCUGCGCGCCCUGCGCUCGCCAUGGCGCUCCCGGCGGCGACGUGAGCGGCUCCGCGGACCCCAAGCGGGGCCCCGGCCGCGACCUGAGUUGCCGCCGAGCGCCCGGGGCCAUGCGACCGACGCGGCUGUGGUCGCUGCUGCUGCUGCUCGGAGUCUUCGCCGCCGCCGCCGCUGCCGCCGCCGCCGCUGCCGCCGCCGCCGCAGCCGCCGCGGCCCCGCCAGGACACUACUUGCCAGGAAGAGUUGAAGAAAGUCCAAUAGAGGAAGAACAAACUGAGCUGGAUUUUGAAGCAUGGAAUUUCAGAUUAAAGAAAAGAAGAAAAGGCCAGGUGUGGUGGCUCACACCUGUAAUCCCAGCACUUUGGGAGACCAAGGCAGGCAGAUCAGGAGACCCUCUUUCCCAGCUGCCCACUCCUCAGCACCCGAAGAUUCGCCUGUACAACGCAGAGCAGGUCCUGAGUUGGGAGCCAGUGGCCCUGAGCAAUAGCACGAGGCCUGUUGUCUACCGAGUCCAGUUUAAAUACACCGACAGUAAAUGGUUCAUGGCUGACAUCAUGUCCAUAGGGGUGAAUUGUACACAGAUCACAGCAACAGAGUGUGACUUCACUGCCACCAGUCCCUCAGCAGGCUUCCCAAUGGAUUUCAAUGUCACUCUACGCCUUCGAGCUGAGCUGGGAGCACUCCAUUCUGCCUGGGUGACAAUGCCUUGGUUUCAACACUAUCGGAAUGUGACUGUCGGGCCUCCAAAAAACAUUGAGGUGACCCCAGGAGAAGGCUCCCUCAUCAUCAGGUUCUCCUCUCCCUUUGACAUCGCUGAUACCUCCACGGCCUUUUUUUGUUAUUAUGUCCAUUACUGGGAAAAAGGAAGAACCCAACAGGUCCAAGGCCCUUUCAGAAGCAACUCCAUUUCACUGGAUAACUUAAAACCCUUCAGAGUGUACUGUUUACAAGUCCAGGCACAACUGCUUUGGAACAAAAGUAACAUCUUUAGAGUCGGGCAUUUAAGCAACACAUCUUGCUACGAAACAAUGGCAGAUGCCUCCACUGAGCUUCAGCAAGUCAUCCUGAUCUCUGUGGGAACAUUUUCAUUGCUGUUGGUGCUGGCUGGAGCCUGUUUCUUCCUGGUCCUGAAAUACAGAGGUCUGAUUAAAUACUGGUUUCACACUCCACCAAGCAUCCCGUUACAGAUAGAAGAGUAUUUAAAGGACCCAACUCAGCCCAUCUUAGAGGCCUUGGACAAGGACAGCUCACCAAAGGAUGACGUCUGGGACUCUGUAUCCAUUAUCUCGUUUCCAGAAAAGGAGCAAGAAGAUGUUCUCCAAACACUUUGAACCAAAGCAUGGGUCUAGCCCACCGGCUCCCUGGAAGAGAUCAUCGAGCCAUCAGAGCUGCCGGAGUUCUGUCUGGACUUUCCAGAGACCAGUAUUCCGUUUUCCUGCCUCCAAAAGGCCUGUCCCUGCAGACAUGAGAGACAGCAGGUCUCAUGGGGGUGACAAGUUUUUUUUUUUUUUUCUGGGAGAAUUUUCAAAAUCAAACAAGUUUCCAGAAUGAUUCUACGGAGAUAUCCCAGGAAAAUUAAGGCUUCUCUUAAACACUAAAAAGCCAUGUAAUUGCUUGUUAGCAAAAUGGAUAUGACACAUCUCUGAUACUUUUUUCAUUAUUGGUUGGGCUGAGCAGUCAGAAGACCUGGUCUUUUUCUUGACUUUGGCAAAUGAGCCAGAGCCCCUCAGGCAGGUCACACAACCUGUCCCAGCCUGUCCCAGCGAGGGACACUGAGUGGCCCUUCAUGUAUGUCCAUGGUGUGCUGGCUUAAAAUGUAAUUAAUCUUGUAAAUAUACUCCUAGUAAUUUAAGAUUUUGUUUUUAAACUAGAAAUAAAAGAUUGUAUAGUGCA